GGAAGAUUGAGCGAGAAGUGGAAGAAGCGGAAGUCGAAGGGGAAUAGGAAAAUGGAGGGGAUGUGGUAGGAAGAAGAAGAAGAAGAAGAAGACGAGAGAGAAGUUUAUUUUCCGAAAAGGGCCUCUCCUUUCAUCUAUUUACUCGUCUUUCCGUUCCCUCGCCUCUUGAUUCCCCAAACCGAUCCGCUUUGAUUGGGUUUGAGCUUUGGAGUUAUGUUGGACGGCCGCUCUUAUUUGAUAUCGAGGUCGUUCAGAAGCUCCCGUGAACAAGAAUCAAAUUGGCAUUGCAUGGAUUGCUAUUUCCAUGAGUCCUCGGGCAACAAGAAACGUCGACUGGAUGAGAAAUUUGAAGAACGACAGCUAGAAGGUCAGGUUAAAAUGAAUAGAUCACCACAGCAGCCUGAAACCCCUGAUAUCAAAGAUAUGGAGCUGCCUCUGGACGGUCCAUAUCACCACAGAAGCGAUGGGAAGUAUAGCGAUUCAAACAUUGUCAGCAGGCUUGGCCGGGAGCUGAUAAUUAGCUGCCUUCUUCACCUUUCUCGGUCAGAUUAUGGUGCUGUCGCAUCACUCAAUCGUAUGUUCCGAUCAUUGAUUCAUAGCGGAGAGCUCUACCAACUACGUCGCAAGAUGGAUAUCAUUGAGCAUUGGGUCUAUUUCUCCUGCAGCAUCCAUGAAUGGGAUGCUUAUGAUCCAUAUCGUGAGCGCUGGAUUAUGGUUCCUAAGAUGCCCCCUACCGAGAGCUUCAUGUGCUCUGAUAAGGAGUCCCUUGCAGUGGGCACUGAGCUCCUUGUUUUUGGUAAGGAGGUGAAUUCCCAUAUUGUGCUGAGAUAUAGCAUUUUGACUAACUCCUGGUCUCCUGGUGUGGUUAUGAACUCACCUAGGUGCUUGUUUGGCUCUGCUAGCCUGGGAGUUAAAGCAAUUAUAGCUGGAGGAAUCAAUGCUCAGGGUGACAUAGUGAGCACUGCAGAGAUUUACAAUUCCGAGACCCAUACCUGGGAGACCUUACCUAGUAUGAACCGAGCAAGAAAGAUGUGCUCGGGGGUAUUCAUGGAUGGGAAAUUUUAUGUCAUUGGUGGAAUGGCCAGUAACACAAAGGUCCUGACAUGUGGGGAAGAGUAUGAUCUGGAGCGACGUUCUUGGAGGGUGAUCCCUGACAUGUCUUCAGGACUCAACGGUGCGAGUGGUGCACCUCCACUUGUAGCUGUGGUGAACAACGAGCUUUAUGCAGCUCAUUAUGCUGAUAAGGAGUUGAGGAAGUACAAUAAAGUGAAUAAUACAUGGGUCGGAUUGGGAAGGUUGCCCGAAAGCUGUGUCUCAAUGAAUGGCUGGGGGCUUGCAUUCCGUGCCUGUGGCGAACGACUAAUAGUGAUUGGUGGAACCAGAGAUUCCUUUGGAGGAAUGAUUGAGCUCAACUCCUGGAUUCCAAAUGGGGAACCACCAGUAUGGAACAUGAUUGCGAGCAAGCAUUCGGGCAACUUUGUUUAUAAUUGUGCUGUGAUGGGCUGCUGAUUGAUCCAAUCUAUUGAGACCUGUUUUUUACUUUCCCUGGAGGGGUUUACAAGUUCAGCUUGUUAGUGGGUGCAAAGUAAUAAUUCUGCCUAAUGGGUGAUAACUGGCUUUUCUGAAAUUCCAAUUGGACUGAAGACUCAGUAUCUCUUGUCUGUGUAACUCCUGAUCUUCAUUAUUUGUCUACUUUUCUCACCCUUUCAUUUA